AUGGUGGAAAUUUUGUUCAAAUUGCCCUUUCUCCUAUGGCUGUUUGGUGGAUUGCUAGGACUCCAUCAUUUCUAUCUUGGUAGAGACAGACAUGGUUUUUCUCUGGGCUACUACAUUUUGGGGAUUUUUUUAUUGCAGGAUGUAGCAAUGUCUCAAGUAUUAAGUUCACUAGAAGUAUUAGGAUUUAAUAGAACUGUCAAUAUCGAGGAGGAAAUAACAGAGGGGGUAUUAAAGGAACAUUAUAAGAAAUUGAUACGUGUAUGGCAUCCUGAUAAACAUCCUUCUGAUAAAAAAGAGGAAGCACAAACAAAAUUUAUUGAAAUUCAGGAAGCGUAUGAAACUGUUGAGAGAUAUUUGAAAAUAAGAAAAGAAAAACACAUUUUCACAAUAACUCGUUAA